ACGCGCCCUCUAGUGGCCAUGUGGUGAACUGACCAGUGUCUAAUUUGGUUUUUGAUCCUGCUUCAAAUAGGAAGUAUCCUCCCUAAAAGUAUCCUCCCUAAAAGGGAAAAAGUGGAGUGUGUGACUCCAGACAGCUGUUACAAACAUGAACAAAAGUGUGUCCUGUUGGUGGACAAAGAUGCUUUUAUGUCUUCCCUCUGGCAUUUUAACUUUUGGGACUGAAGGGGGAGAAAAAAGGAGGCGACAGUGUCUUUGAUGUCUUUUUUUCUAUGAAGUCCUCAGGACUUUUGGAAAAACUCUGUUAAAUCUAAAUGAAUGAAGGGAAUUGUGUGCAGAAGUGGAGCCGUGAAAACAGGCAGGAUGGAAUAAGGGGGGAGGGACGGACACACACGUACACACAGGCGCGCGCGCGCGCACCCACACACAUAGGCGAAAAAGAGGGGAGAGGGAGUUGGCACGAGCGCUUGUUGGAGGUCUGACAGGAAACUUCUCUCUGCUCUCAGCCUCCAUCGCACUUUACCUUCUGAACGUCGCCAAAUGGACCCUGUUGCUGUGAAGCCAUGGCUCUGUUGCUGUUUUAGCCGGUAGCUGAGGACGGAGUCCGGCAAAAAGAGGUCUGGACGGUUCGAAUCUGGAAGAACUUUGGACAUUAAUGACCUUCAUUUGGUUAUAACUCCCUUUGGAUCUAAUUAUGAGGACUUUACUCUACCUGCUCGCCUUUGCCUUUUUUCGGCUCUGUUCGGGUCUGGGGUAUGUGGAGUCCAGCAUACAGACAGGUCAGAGGGCGGCGAGCAGACACAGGAACUGGUGUGCUUAUGUAGUGACACGAACCGUUAGCUGUGUGAUGGAGGAUGGUGUGGAAACCUACAUCAAGCCGGACUACCAUCGCUGUACCUGGGGCCAGUGUCCUCGAGUAAUGUACCGCACAUAUAGGAGGCCAAGGUACAAGGUGGCUUACAAGAUGGUGACAGAAAUGGAGUGGAAGUGUUGCCAUGGUUACUCUGGGGAAGACUGUCAUAUUGGACCACAAGUGACACCUGACAGCCAAGGCAAUGGUGGGCAGCCUCAAGUCACGCAGACCAGCCACAACACAGGAGGUGGAAAGAUAGGUGGAGAAGAUAACUCGGAGAAGUUUCGCAAUCUGGAAGAAGCCAUCCGAGGUCUAACCAAAGACCUCCACAGUAUGCAGACCACCAUUAAUGGCAUUAAUCAAAGACUGUCUGACUUGACUGGAGUCGUUAUCCCUGCUGACUCAGCUCAGGGUCACAUGAAGGAAACCAUUCACAAUAUCCAUACAAAGCUGGACCACCUCUAUAACAGAACACAGGUUCACGAUCAGACUCUUCUUCACAUCAACAACCACUUGGUCAACGGACAGAGCAAUGAACUGGAUUCAACAUCUGGAAAAGACGGAGCAAUAUUAAACCACCACCUAACUACACUAAAAGAGGAAAUACUGACAGAGCUGGAGAGAAGGGUGUCUCUGUCCUGUUCUGCCUGCCAGGUGGGUGUGGAGGAUGUGAGACAACAGCAGAGGAAGGACAGGGAACGAAUCGAAGCACUGGAGAAGCUGAUCAACUCCAUUGACCAGCAGUUAAGACAAGUUUCCAGCAGGGAGAGCUCUUACCAGAUGUGCUGCAGCACAGUCACAGAAGUGGAAAAGAAGCUGACGGAUGUGGAAGUCAGAGUCACGUCUAUCGCAGACAAGUGCGACACAGUCAAAGGACUGCUGGAUAAAGAGCUCGCCGACACGGGUGGUGGGAAGGGGAUGGUGACAGAAGAGCGUUUCAACAGCCGGUUGAGAGAUCUUGAAAAAAGGGUUAAUAACACGAUGAGGAAGGCAGAACAGAGGUGUACAAACACUGGAACCAGUGUGAAGGACAUCAUCCAGAGAGAUCUCAUCCAGUUGCACAACACGAUAAACAGACGACUAGAUGAUUAUGGUCACAAGAUUGAAAAAACAGAACUGGAAGUGUCUGUUCUUGAAGACACAGUCAGAGACCACAGCCGCCGGAUAGGUCAGCUAGAGAAUAUUACAACGUUCCUUGACAGAAGGCUAACGUCAACCACAAGCAUAUGUAAUGAGACAUGUGGGCACAAUGGAAAAGUUUCAGCUGCUGAUAAUACCAUGAAAACAUUGCAAUGGAAGGUUGUGUCCAACCAAGAGGAAAUCCGAAAGUUUAACACCAAGCUGGACAAUUUAUUUGAGACAGGAGACUCACUUACGGAAAGAGUGUUCGACUUAGAGAACGAUAUCAAAAGAGUAACGGCCAUAACGGGAGACAACGGUGAACGCUUUAACCGCAUCGUCACCGAGGUUGAAACAUUGAGCCGAGAUCUCCAGGAGUGCUCCAUUUGCACCAGUGUAAGGCAGGACCUGCUCUUCUUCAAAAACACCACCACCAGGGCCUUGAACAACUGCCUGCUUGACAUCACAGACUUGCAGAGAAAGGUUAACUCCAGAGAAGACACCUGCUCUCAGGUUUGCUCCAACCUUCAGGAGGAGGUCGGGCGACUAAAAGAGGAAGUAGAGAAAUGUACGGGACAGUGCAAGACUAACAUGGAUGAUCUGAAAAACCGUCUGGAUGGUCACACCUUCCACAAUGGAAGAUUGGGAGGAGAACUCAAAUCCAUUCAAGGAGAUCUAGCUAAUGUUUUUUCUACAUUCAACUCCAUCAAUAGUACACUGAAGGGCUUAGGAAGGACAGUGAAGACUCAUGGGAAGACACUGACGGAUCUGACCAAUUCAAAAGACCGCAUUAGCUCUGAGGUGACAAACCUGCAAGAGAAGCUGACAGAGCACAUCGAUGAGUCAAAGAUUCAUUUUGUGGGCCUCGGCAAGGAGAUCCAAUUGAUAAGGAGCAACUACAUCACAGAGGUGGAGGGGUGUCGGCAGUCCAGCGAGGGUGUGGACCGAAGACUCUCCGAGUUGGAGGGAGUCUGUGGACGCUUGGACUCCUUCUCCGACAGUCUGGAUAGGAUCAAGGACGGCCUGAACAGACACGUGACUGGCCUAUGGAGCUGCGUUGAUGGACUCAAUGUCACAGUGACGUCUCACGGAGUUAUGAUUGACAAUAUACAGAACGUCCAACUGGAGAAUGUCCACUCCAAGAUACACAGUCUGAACUCCUCUGUGUUGGAUUUGGGAAGACAGUUCCGCGUUUUCACAGCACAGGAUUUUACGGGUACACGUGGUCCACCUGGGCUACGUGGAGAGAAAGGUGACCGUGGCCCUCAAGGGCGUAUUGGACCCCCAGGAGUAGUAGGACUUCCAGGUUCAAGAGGCCCACAAGGACCCCCAGGCCUCAGAGGAGAACAGGGACCUGCAGGGUCUGACGCCCAUGUGCCACGCCUUUCUUUCUCUGCCGCACUGACUCGCCCCAUGAGAGCUUCAGGGACCAUCAAGUUCAACGAUGUCUUUGUAAACGAGAAACAGUCCUACAAUCCCCAAACAGGUUUGUUCACGGCUCCUGUGCCCGGGAGGUACUUUUUCAGCGGCAUCCUGACGGGCCAUAAAAACAUGAAAAUUGAGGCCGUCCUGUCCAAAUCCAACGUCGGAGUUGCUCGAGUGGACUCUGCAGGAUAUCAGCCCGAAGGCCUGGAGAAGCCCAUGGCGGAGACCAAACACAUCCCCGGAGCUCUGGCCGUCUUUAAUAUCAUUCUGCCGAUGGAGGCUGGAGACACGGUGUGCAUUGACCUUGUAACUGGCAACUUGGCGUACUCAUCUGAACCUUUGACCAUCUUUAGCGGGAUGCUGCUGUAUGAGACCAAUUGACUGGAUGUGGCAUCUCAGCUUUUCCCCUAAACUCUUGUUUUUCCUAUUUUUUUUUUACUUUUUUGUUGUUGGGCCCAUUUUAUGCUAUAAACCUAAACCUCUCAUCAGUUACACCUUUAACUUCCAGCCUCACCUGUGUAAGAGUAAAAAAAGAACUAAGAAAAGACUUUAUUUUAUGGGCACUACACAUUUUUUCCUAUUCAUUUGAACUCACAGCUCCAUCCCAAAUACAAACAAAUUCUAAAAUAAAACAAAGUGCCAACUGUCUGAGAAAAAUGCAGAAGGGAUAGAGUCCAAACCACUAGUUUUUUGGAAAGAAGUACACUGAUGAAGUCACUGACAGUUGGGCUGAAAAACUUGAACAAUAAAACCAUUUUUGGACAUUAGCUAUGACCACAAACAAGAGGGAAGAAUGAGGAAUUUGCCUGUGUCCUUAUAAGGGACACCUAAAGACAGCAGAGGAAUAAGACGGGGCAGCUGUUGCUAUCAAGCUGUCGUGCAAAAGAAAUUUUUGAAGACCCACUGCCAUCAUCUUUUGAGCUACCGUAUUUUCUCCACUCUAAGGCGCAUUUAAAAGCCUUCAAAAAAUGACAGAGCGCCUUAUAUAAUCUGGAGCGCCUUAUAGAAGAAUUGAAUCUGGUUAUGCUUACUGACGUCAAAGUUAUUUAGAAAGCAACACAGAGGAACUUUUCUUACAAGUUCCAAUCAUGUUUGGGUGAUAUUGUGAAGAUGCUAAUGUGGCUAAUGUUUUCUUGGACAUAGUUUCUGCAGAGCUACAGUAGUUCAUUAGAAAUUCACCUCUAAAUUGUGGGCGGGACCGUUGCUAAGAGCAACAUGGGUUUGAGGCACGCCCAGCGUAUUUUCUACUUCACAAAUAAGCCCUUUUUCAAACUCCCUUUUUUCUUCUGUAAAUUACUUUUAAUUUUCUUUAUAUAUGUCGUCCAUCGUCAGAAGAAUGCUGCAAGAACAUUUUAAAGACACCUAAAACACAAUUUUCAUUCAAGUGUGUCUUUCAAGAAAGCGAACAGUCAUACUGAAGCUAAACGCUCUCGAUAUAUGAGUAUUAUUUUUUUGAUAGAUGGUCGUCAAUGGAUUUCUUAAGAAAGCUUCACAUAAUAUUUUAUUUUAUUUACGUGCAGCAUCACAGAGUGUUUAAAUCACUACAAGGGUGUUAUUGGUGUUCAGGUCAACUGUAAAUUUUUCCUUGCAAGACAGAUGUGUUUUUUUAUAACAAUGUCAGAUUGUAAAUAUUUGUCAGUGUUUUUUUUUUUUUUGCUCUUAUAAGAUUUUUAUAUAUAAAUGAACACAUCACCUUGUCUGGUACUGUAUAUGUUUUUAAUGUUUUUUUCUGGUUUUUGUAUCAAAUACAGAUACCCAGUUUUACACAAA